UCUGUGCAGACUCAUCGUUUGGGAAACCACCGUCCAGUAUAAAACCCACAGCCAGAAGGGUUUCGCUUUUUCAGUAAUAGCAGAGUAAUACUUUACAGCUUGUUGUUGGAUCAGCGGGUUGCGUAACGGUGAUGCGUAAAAUCCAAAAGAGAUAAAGCUUAACCACGCGUAUAUAUAGUAGUAGUUAUUUUUUUCUAAGGGAAAACUUUUGGUUGGAGGUUGUUUUGAACAAGCAGAACUUUAAAGUGGUCUUGAACUCGGCUGGACAUGGCAGAGGGAGACUUCUACACGAUGGGGAACCGGCAGAGGUUUCCCAGGGAUCCGUUUGGAGAGUCACCGUUCAGAGAUCAGUCUCCGUUCAGGGACCAGCUCGCGUCUCGGUUUAUGGACGAUGACUUUGGGAUGUCCCCUUUCCCCGACGACCUGUCAAUGGACUGGCCGGGCUGGGCUCGGCCGGGCCGCCUCAGCACGCGCCUCAGCCCCUCGCCCUUCGGCAGCAGUUUACGCACAGGUUUCCCCCCGCGCCAGUCCGCGGGAGGCCCCACGCUGUACACGAGCAGGUACGGGGAGCCCUCCUCGCGGAGCUCGCCCACCACCACCGGGGGGGAGCCCUGGAAAGUUUGCGUGAACGUCCACAGCUUCAAACCGGAGGAGUUAAACGUGAAAACGAGAGACGGAUUUGUAGAAGUGUCAGGAAAACAUGAAGAGAAGCAGGAAGAAGGCGGCAUAGUGACAAAGAAUUUCACAAAGAAGAUACAGAUCCCGAUAGAUGUGGACCCUCUGACCGUUUUCGCCUCCUUGUCCCCCGAGGGCGUCCUCAUCAUCGAAGCUCGGCAGACGCCUCCCUAUUACCUCUUCAGCAACGAGGGCUCACAGGGUGGAGACGCACAGGAGGUGGAGCCCCUCAAGCCCCAAGAGGCCCCUAUGGUCUAACCCCCACUCCCCCAUGUCCUCACUAACAUAACAAAUCAUCCUGCACAGUUAAUUACAAGUUUGAUAAUGACAUGUGUGGCCUUCAGCUUUAUGUUGUUAGACACCUGGAUUGAAAAUGUGUAAAAUAUGUCAGGGGAAGUGUUUGACGUCCUGAUAGAGUGCUGCAGGGAUGAUGUUUAUUUAUAGGCUAACCUAGAAGUUAGCAUCGCCCUGGUUCCCUCAACAAAGAGCCAAUGUGACUUUUUCAUUGGAUUUUAGAUUAUUGCAGGAAAUAAGCUCAGUGGCAAACAAAAGUUUAUGAUACUUGCACAUUUUGUUUAGCAAAAUAAGCACUCUCCAGAGAAAAUAUGCAGUCUCCAGUCUCACAAAGCUAACUAUACCACAGUCGCCAGGGCCACACCGUCAGGAGAGACAAACCACACGUAUGUUUGGGGCUCCCCUAAAAAGUUGGGAAAGGGCCCCUGAUGGCCACCGAUACUCGUACAUUUUCCAAUGACAACUACAAACCCAGCUGCGCCCCAGUGGUGCAGUGGUUAGCAUUGUCACCUCACAGCAAGAGGGCUCCUUGUUGGUUCGAACACCUUGAGUUUGCAUGUUCUCCCCGUGUCAGCGUGGGUUUCCUCCAGGUACUCCGGCUUCCUCCCACAGUCCAAAGACAUGCAGGUUAACUGGUGACUCUAAAUUGUCCGUAGGUGUGAAUGUGAGUGUGAAUGGUUGUCUGUGUGUUGUCUGUGUGUCGCAAGUGACACAGAGAGCACUGUGUCACUUGCGAUAGUCUGGUGACCUGUCCAGGGUGAACCCUGCCUCUCGCCCAAUGAUUGAUGAUAAUGAUUACGUCUUUUGGGAAAUUAACCAAAUGCAUUUUUGGACUGAAUGCAUUUAAUGGGGGUUUUGAGGCCUCGAUGGACAUCUUUGUCCAUGAUUGCUACUGACGGUCGUACAACUUUAAUGUCGCCACUACAAUAAGCCGUGUUCAGCAGGAUGAUAUUCUGUAGUAAGUCUCUUUUAGCCACUUAUUAGCGACUGCCUUUUUUGAGACAAUACAAACGCUUUGAAAUUAACAAGUGGGGCAUUUACAUGUAACUGAAAACCCCAUUUUAAAAAAAUCAACUUUGAGAAGAGGGAACUGGAAGUGGAAAAAAUGCUGACUCAUUUCUGGGUUUUAGGAUUCGUUCCUGCUGCACUCUACGAAAGCUGCACAAGAAAAGUUUUAUUGUAUGCAAAAGAGCCUCCUCACCAAGGACUUAGCCAUAGAGUCAACAUCAAAUCAAAUAUGCAAUAAAUGAAAACUACAACUGCCUACAUACAUGCCAUUAUACAUGCAGCACAACAUAAAUGACUGACACGUUAACACUCAUCACUCAUGUUGCACUCUAGUUUUCCUUUUUUUAAAGUAAUGAAAUACAGAGGCAGGAUGUUGAUUUUACCCACAGCAGUUUAGCAAUGGGUUCUGCUGAGGUACGGCAACACCACUCGGACAAACCACAUACAGAACUGCAGUACACCAUAAAACUAGAACAGAUAGUGACAACAAUGGUAAUUUGUUUAGCUUGUUUAUAAUCAUGAUGACAUUUGCUAGUGCUUAUUUCACAGUGCAGUUGCGUGUCAUAGCAUAGCAUUUUUUUAAAUUAAUCAGUAUAUUUGGGGGGACAUUUUGAGCAUGUUUGAAUAUAUAUAUAUAUAACAGAGGUGUUAUAGAGUUGCCCUGUUGCCCAUAUGAAAUUCAGGUAUAUCACUUCUGCUUCAUGUUAAAUGUAACCCUAAUACACAAAGGUCCAGAAGAACUUGAAACUUAAAAUGUUUUUUUCACUUCCCAUGAUGCAUUUUAUUAAAACGUUAAUACAGACCAGCUGGUUUGAUAAUAAGAUGCCUCAUCAUUUCUGGUAGCUCCAGUUUGUGCCUCUCAUCUAUAACCAUCACAGGUUUAUCUUCACAAGUGCAGAGAGUAUUUUUAAAUGUCUGUUUUUUUUAUUUUAAAGAUCACAAAUGUUCAAACAGGAGCGCUCCAUGUGUUAACUUGUCUUGUGCAGCUUUUAUAUUAUGUGUGGGUGUAUUGUGAGGUUAUGCAAGAGCUGUUGGGCCACUGAUACAUUAUGAUUUAUAGCAAUAUCCAGUACGUUAAUAUGACACUGUAUGUGAAUCAAAUUUCUAUUUGUAUUUAUAUUAACAUGCAAUUAAUGUAGUGGAACAGACGCAUCAUCAAAUGUAUUGUAUGUCAUUUCUUUGGUUUUAAAAAAAAUGACAAAUGUGCCUUCAUUCACUUGAGUGCCUUCAGUCCUCCGGUUUAUCUUUUUUUUUUGAGUUAAUGAAUGUCACUUAAACUGACAAGAGACGAAAGUACGUUACAUUAGAGGGUGAAUUGUGUGCAUUAAUACUGUACUCUACCUAAGUGUAUUGUAAAUAUACUUCAAUAUGUGCCAAUUCAUUAUAAAUAAUAAUCUGAAGUGUUCCAGGUUUUUGCAAUGUGGUUUGCAUUUUUUCUUUUCUAUUUGAGCAUUCAGGAAGAUGGCUGCAUGAUUGUUGGAGCGGACGGACUCACUUGUUUGCCAAAGACGUUUGUUUCCUGCCUUCUUUUCUGUCGACGUCUUUGUAUUGGCUGACGCAAUAAAAAUGUCCAGCCAAUC